GGAAUUCCACAAAUCACGUGACAAAGGGGUUUUCCAAGAUGGCAGCAUGCACUAACGUUGUCUCGAGGAUGUAAAAGAUUUACAAUUCAUUAACAUAAGUAAAAUGGACUUGGAUCUGGAGCAACUCCAUCAUCGAAGAGUACAUCACCAGGUAUCAACCGAGACAGAAUCCGAUGUUUCGGAAAGCGAAGAUGAAGAUGACAGGAGGCAGGUUAUGGACAGUUCUUCCGAGGAGGAGGAGAAGCUGGUGGAUCCUGGACCUUUCCGAUAUCACAAGCGGAUCUGUGCUGCCGCCCUCCCCUGCUUCCUCAUUGUCAUCGGAUUUGUUGGAGAAUUCAUGCUGACAAUGAUGACUGUGGGCACAGUGCUGCUGAUUCUGCUGGAUCGGAUGGGAGAGAGGAGGAGGUCUGUGAUCAUCUUCACUCUGUUCUUCAUUCCUUGUCACAUCCUGGUGUUUGUGUCCGUUCUUCCUCUGAUCUGGUUAUCACUGUGGAAUGUCUUCCUGAUUGGUGCUAUCAACGCUUACGUCAUACUGACAGGAGGCUGGAUCAUUCUUCUGUUUGUUGCCUUCCGCACUGAAGAACCACUGCUUGCUCAGAUGAUUGAGCAGCUGUUGUUCUCGGCCUACCCGGCUGUGUGCAGCGUCCUCGUCACCUGGAUCCUCACCACCAUCACACCUGUCUCCAUGGCACCGCUCAUCAUCAUGGCAAUCUCGUUUGUGCUGCUUCAAGUCUUCCUGACACCCGCUGUGUCCUCUUUCAAACUGAAGACGUCAGCGGACGAGGAUCUCAAUGUCCUCCAACAGCCCAUUGUGUUGGUCAUGACGCUGUCCUUUUGCUUCCUGCCAUCCAUGCUCCAUGUCAUCCUCUGUAUAGCUUCAACAACCACCGAUAGCAUCUUCAGUCAGAGAUCUUUGCUGGAGCUAGGCCUGGUGGUGUCACUGAGUCUGUUCCUGGCCACGCUGCUGAGUGUCAGGCAACUGUUUGAGUACGCAGGCUAUCCGUAUACCAUUGUGACGCGGGCUCGCUGGGUGUGUGGGAUGUUGGCGACGUUGCUCUGUUACCCAGUGCUGCAGCAGUAUCGACUCUCGUCCCACUUCCUGCCAUGGCUGCCCAUCGCCAUCGUCGCAUUUGCAGUGUUAGGUCUUUUCCUGGGCGUCAAGAAAUAUUGGAUUCCAGCCGUGGUUCUAAUGGCCGGCCUUGCCUCCCUGCUGGGCUUCUGGAUGAUGGUGCUACCGUGGCAUCUCACCUUCUAUCUGCUACACAGCGUUCAUCUCAACAUCUUCUACGUGGUCCUGUGUGGGAACUUUGCUGUCUGCCUUGUGUGCAUGUACAUUGGUUCCCAUGGCAACAAGGAGUUGUUUGGCUUCCUGCUGUGUCUUCAGUCCGUGUUGCUGACAGUGUGUGAGACUGCCCUCCAUGGUGCCGGACUCUACAGCCUCUCCCUGUGUGUGAUGACCACAGUGCUGGCUACCUACAUGCUGCAGAGACUGCACCACUCCGACAAGCUGUGGCUGGGCUCGGUGCUGUUCUGUUCGUCUGUCCACAUCACCAAGGGGGUGUCAUGUCUGCUGACGGAACUCGUUCUCAAGGACAAACUGGGACUGCUGAACCAUGCCGGACUCUUUCUGCUCACCUUCGCCAUCUUACAAAGUUUUGUGUACGAACCCCGAGAAGCAGUUCCCCUAAAUGAGGCUGCCAGGAACCUGGUGUUCCUGCUGGUGUCUCUGGCCAUGAACACGUUCCCGGUCCUCACCGUGCUGUGCUACAACCUGUGGCAGGACAUGCCUUCAUACACAGAGCUCAUAGGUAUGUGGGCGCUGGUGGGCGGCCUGCUGGUGCUGCUGUUUGCCCAGGUGCACAGCGAGGUGGUGUCCGAGAUCCGCCUCACCGGCCUCCUCAUGUCCAUGGUGGGCGGUAUCAUCCUGACACUACAACCACAGUUCCAGCUGUCAAUGUAUGCACUGUUCCAGUGGAGCGAGAUUGUUAAUAUCCUGGUUGUCAUGGUGAUCCUCACAACCAGCUGUGGGGUGACUGUCAGACAAGCAGUCAUCAUUGCUGUCAUCACUGGCAUGUCGCCCAGCGUCAGAACUGUGUUCAUGCUGUAUGGGGACAUUCCGUCUGCCGUGCACGUCCCGCUCUACCUGGUCCUGUCUGCCUCCAUCGUCACCGUACUCAUCCUCUACAGCAAGGCAGAUACUAUUGUCCAGCAAACAGAUAACACUGUCAUGGGCAGCUGUAUUCUGUCUGCUGUCGCCAUGGCUUUACUUCUUGGCCUUGACCUUGCUCUCUUACAAACCAAGGUCACAACCUCUUCACUUCCUGUGUUGAAAGGCAUGAUGGGAACAACAGUGAGUCUCAGUAUUCUGAUGAAGCUGCUGGUCACGAAGCAGGGUCCAGACUUUAUCCCAGUGGCGACGCACACAAAGGAUACCAAGGAGAAGCCACUGCUUCCCCUGGUGAGCAACGUGGUCACUGUCGCCGCCUUCCUUCUGCUCUGUCUGCAGGGGCCCUCUGAGGGUUUUCUUCAUGAUAUGUGGUGCUGCGGCGCCUCGCUUAUAUUCUUCUGCCUACAACGAGACUUUCAGUUCCUCCUCAGUCUGCGAGACCACAACCACAGAACUCCCACAAUCCUCUCCUCCAUAGCAGUCCUCAUCCUCGCCUCCAUCUACAGAAGCAGUUUGUGGCAGGGGGAUGUCGUCAACAUCUUGUGGGGGUGCUCGGAAAUACUCCUCCUCAUUUCCACAAUCCCAGUGUACAUAGUGCUGUGGGGAGUUCUCUGGAAGAACGAAAUCAUCUCGGAGAACAUGGUCGUUUUCGCCAUGCCAUUGAAUGGCUUCAUGUACUUAGUAGGGACCACUUACACCAUCUGGACCGUAGCCACGUACGGGCUGAUGUCGGCCAUAUGGAUGAUGGUGUAUAAGCUCCCAAUGGUGCCCUAUGCGAUGCAGUAUCAGACCAGCUGACACGCAGGAUGUUCUGGGAAAGGAGCGAAGAUGUUUCGUUACAUAUCUUUUAAGAAUGUUACCUUUUGUAGCUCUUUAUUACAUGUGUAUAUUUUCACCUGUAAAUGUUUUGACUGUUUACUCUGUGUGUGAGAGCGGAUGGUAGUGGACCACAUCAGGGCUGUGACAAAACUUUGCAUGUCAUCUUCAAACAAAAUUCCGCCUGUAUCACCUGAAGGCAUCUAUCAGUCCUCUGCCAAUCCGUCCAUUGUAGGGCUUUUAUGAAUCUGUUUAAUAAAUGCAGGAUUUUUUAGAAAUCCUAACUGAUUAUCACAUUAUCAUUGAAAUUAUCACCCUGGCUCGUUGAUUUAUGUUCAACGCGAAAUUUAUUUUGCGCAAUCCUUAUUUAUUAUAAAGUGUACGAAAUAACAGUUUGGUGCAUAUUUUGACUUUUAAUCAUGCUGCAAUCUUGUACCACUUCAAUCUAGUCACAUUCCAUAUCAACAUCUUUAUCCUGUAAGAUCCAAAGAACAAUGCCAUGAUGUUCAAACUUCAUAUGUCAAUGUCUAUCUUGAAGUUAUGCUGAAGUAUUGGAAUUAUUAGUUUGGCUCAUUAAUUCAUGUUCUUAGUACCAUUUAUUUGGUCAAUCCUUAUUAAGUGUGAUGAAUAUGCAAUAACACAGGAACUGAAGUGAAAAUAAUAAAAAAGAAGCCAUAAUAAAUGACCUUUACCCAGUAGAUUUAAUUAUGUUGACAUUCAUGCUGCAACAUGAUCACAAUAAGCCAGGGCCCGUUCCACAAGGCAAUCAUAUCACUAAGAUGAUCGUAACUCCCAUACUUGAACAUAGAUUUACGACAGUCGUAGCGCUAAGAUCGCUAUGUGGAACGGGGUCCAGGUGGGUGUAACUCCUCACAGAAGUGGGGCAAGAUUUUGUCCUGUUGACAAUAAAGAUAAGUGAAAAUGUCAUGGUUGGAAAUGUCAUGCAAUCUUUUGUCACAGGAAGAUUCUGUUCCCUGGUGUGGUUGGGUAGAUGAUCUAACACACUCCUUGUCGGGGACCUUGGUCUUAUUAUUGAAUGCGAUCUCUCAACUGUCUGCCGGCCAAUCUUCAUAAAAUCAUGUUAUUUAUUAAAAAUCUAAUCUGUUGCCAGUGUUAGGAAUGUUUCUUGAUGUAUAGUUGACCUACAGAGUGCCAACAUGUAUGCAUGUGCCAUACAAAUCA